AAUUUCCUAGCAUGGAGAAUAUAAGAAGUCAAUCAAGGCGUAGCAUGAAAAUUUUCAUUUCCUGAGGUUGGAGCCGGAACCACAAGGGAAGGAACUCUAGUAUCUGCCUUGGUGUUUAUGCUUUGUUGCUUCAAUACGCAAAAAUGCACCAGAAGAAGAACUCUUUACACCGAGUAUGUGAUCCCCAUUCACGCUGAUAGCAUAUCAAGUCAUGAGCAGCUGCAGUGCUGGAGACGUGUAACAAUUGCAUUGGUCAACAACUUACACCUGUUUGUAGCGAACCAACCACAAAUCCAGCUUAGCUGGAUAAGUCUGACCCUGCCAAGGUAGGAAUUCUGUAUCCACUCUCUGCAUUUCAAGCUUUCACUAUCUCUUUGAGCGGCUCCCACACCAAACUGACUUGCAAACUAAAGUAAACCUCAAAAUAAAACAGAGCGUGUUAUGGUUAGUAAUCAAGUCUCUUCCAGAGGUGGUUUAAGUUUAACUAUCAUAUACAUUAAAAAAAAAAAAAAAAACAAAAAAAAAAAACAAAUUGUUAAAGUGAAGCAAACGUAGACGUUGAGAUAUUAUAUGGCAUAUGAAGCAUACUUCAACGCCCCCUUGUAAUAAAGUAGAAAAUGUCUUAGCUUUGUUAUUGGACAAUGGAUUAUAGUAUUGUAGAUUUAGGAAGCAAACUAGAAGGUGAAAUGAGAAUUGUUCUCCGAAAUUAAAUAGAUGAUAUGAUGAAGAGCCCUGCGUAAAGAUCAAGUUUGGAGAGAAAAUAAAUAAAGAAGAUGAAAGUGCAGCGUCUGUUCUUAGUAGCUAUUUUCUGCCUCUCUUAUAUGCAGCUGGUCAAGGGGCAAACCUUGCCUCGUUGCCCCGAAAAAUGUGGCAACGUUACACUUGAGUACCCUUUUGGCUUUUCUCCAGGUUGUUGGCGUGCCGAAGAUCCUAGUUUCAAUCUCAGUUGUGUGAACGAGAAUCUAUUCUAUAAGGGCCUUGAAGUGGUCGAAAUAUCUCACAGCAGCCAGUUACGCGUCCUAUAUCCUGCAUCCUACAUUUGCUACAACAGCAAAGGAAAGUUCGCUAAAGGGACUUACUACUGGAGUAAUCUAGGUAAUUUGACUCUCUCCGGCAACAACACGAUUACUGCAUUAGGCUGUAACUCGUACGCUUUUGUGUCCUCUAAUGGAACUCGAAGAAACUCAGUUGGAUGCAUAUCAGCAUGUGAUGCUCUUUCCCAUGAAGCAAAUGGAGAAUGUAAUGGUGAAGGCUGCUGCCAGAACCCCGUCCCUGCAGGGAACAAUUGGUUAAUAGUCAGAUCAUAUCGCUUUGACAACGACACGUCAGUGCAACCUAUCUCUGAGGGUCAAUGCAUCUACGCCUUUCUCGUUGAAAAUGGCAAGUUUAAGUACAAUGCUUCGGACAAAUAUUCUUAUCUGCAGAAUAGGAAUGUGGGGUUUCCUGUGGUCUUGGAUUGGUCUAUUAGGGGAGAGACAUGUGGGCAAGUUGGAGAAAAGAAAUGCGGUGUGAAUGGCAUAUGUUCCAAUUCUGCUAGUGGGAUCGGGUAUACAUGCAAAUGCAAAGGAGGUUUCCAGGGGAAUCCAUAUCUUCAAAACGGUUGCCAAGACAUCAAUGAGUGUACUACUGCUAAUCCUAUCCAUAAACAUAACUGCUCGGGUGACAGCACCUGUGAAAACAAGUUGGGACACUUCCGUUGUAAUUGUCGAUCUCGUUACGAAUUAAAUACCACCACUAAUACCUGCAAACCUAAAGGCAAUCCUGAAUACGUUGAAUGGACUACAAUUGUUCUUGGAACCACUAUCGGCUUCUUGGUCAUUCUGCUUGCCAUUAGCUGUAUAGAACAUAAAAUGAAGAACACCAAGGACACCGAGCUCCGACAACAAUUCUUCGAGCAAAAUGGUGGCGGCAUGUUGAUGCAGCGACUCUCAGGAGCAGGGCCAUCAAAUGUUGAUGUCAAAAUCUUCACUGAGGAAGGAAUGAAGGAAGCAACUGAUGGUUAUGAUGAGAACAGAAUCUUGGGCCAGGGAGGCCAAGGAACAGUCUACAAAGGUAUAUUACCGGACAACUCCAUAGUUGCUAUAAAGAAAGCUCGGCUUGGAGACAAUAGCCAAGUAGAGCAGUUCAUCAAUGAAGUGCUUGUGCUUUCACAAAUCAACCAUAGGAACGUGGUCAAGCUCUUGGGCUGCUGUCUAGAGACUGAAGUUCCCUUGUUGGUCUAUGAGUUCAUUUCCAGUGGGACCCUUUUCGAUCACUUACACGGUUCUAUGUUUGAUUCUUCUCUAACAUGGGAACAUCGUUUGAGAAUGGCUGUAGAAAUAGCUGGAACUCUUGCUUAUCUUCACUCCUCUGCUUCUAUACCAAUCAUCCAUCGCGAUAUCAAAACUGCAAAUAUUCUUCUGGAUGAAAACUUAACUGCAAAAGUAGCUGACUUUGGUGCUUCAAGGCUGAUACCAAUGGAUAAAGAAGACCUCGCAACUAUGGUGCAAGGAACUCUAGGUUACCUAGACCCAGAAUAUUACAACACAGGGUUGCUAAACGAAAAGAGCGAUGUUUAUAGCUUUGGGGUAGUCCUAAUGGAACUGUUAUCAGGUCAAAAGGCAUUGUGCUUUGAAAGGCCACAGACUUCAAAACAUAUAGUGAGUUACUUUGCCUCAGCCACGAAAGAGAAUAGGUUGCACGAGAUUAUUGAUGGCCAAGUGAUGAACGAGAAUAAUCAGAGGGAGAUCCAGAAAGCUGCAAGAAUUGCUGUUGAGUGUACAAGAUUGACGGGAGAAGAAAGGCCAGGGAUGAAGGAAGUAGCUGCAGAGCUUGAGGCCUUGAGAGUCACAAAAACCAAACAUAAGUGGUCAGAUGAGUAUCCUGAACAGGAGGAUACUGAGCACUUGGUUGGUGUUCAAAAAUUAUCAGCACAAGGCGAAACCAGCAGCAGCAUUGGCUAUGAUAGUAUCAGGAAUGUAGCAAUACUGGACAUUGAAGCAGGCCGCUGA